UUAUCUUCCUCUUUUUUUCUUUUUAUCUCUUUCGUUCAUGGUGCUGACCUAGUCAAAGUUUCUCACUUAACUUUUUGUCAGUAUCACUGUCAAUUUAACAUUCAGGACAUGAAAUAAAUUUGAUUUGAUUUGAUUUGAUUUGUCCAAAAACAUUUUCUGAUCAAAUUCGUUCAAUGAAACUUUGGCUUUUGUAUCAGUCAGUAUCAAACUUGACUGCAUUAUUUCGGUCUCUGGUUUCGCUGUUUACAACAAUUUUGACAGUAGUCACAGAAAAUACACUAAAAUUCUAGAUAUUAUUUUAAACAUACUUUUUCUGAUAUCUUUCCACCAAAUAUUGAACAGUAAUAAAGAGAUUAUAACUAGUGGUCUAGAUUUUGGUGAUGAUCAUCUGAAUCUAUAUUAGAGUCAAAUAUUUUAUUAACAAGAGAAUUUUAGUUCAACUAUUUUAUUCUUAUUUAGAUUGAACGUGUGGAAAAUCGUUAUUUAUGGGAAAAAUUUGUUUCUCAUCGUAAUUAUAUGAAGAAAAAGAAUAAAGGGAUUUUAAAUGAAGAAUGGAUGUUUCAUGGUACAAGUAGUGAUAAUCAUCAACGAAUAUUAGCUCAUGGAUUCAAUCGAUCAUACUCUGUCAUUUAUGGAAUGGGUGUUUAUUUUGCUCGUCAUUCGAUCUAUUCUCAUUCUUAUACGGAUGGAGGUGCGUUGGCAAAUAAAGAUAUAUCAUCAAUGGUUCUAUGUCGCGUACUUGUCGGUCAGUAUGGAGAAGGUAGUUCGGGUAUCAAAUUAGCUCCAAAUAUAAUCGUUGAUAAUAAAGAGGUCCGGUGUGAUUCGACUACAGAUCAUAAAAAACCAUUCACUAUAGUUUGUACAUUUCAUGAUAAUCAAAUCUAUCCUGAAUAUGUAAUUAGCUAUUCAAUUAAUCUAUUUUGA